AUGGUGUUUCAUUGUCGAUGUUUCUCAUUCGAAUAUGAACCCAGAAGUCGAGCAAAAUCGAGUUCGAAUGAAACGUUUUAUACCGCUUCGUCGGAUUUCAAACGGUCCAAAUCCGAUCAUCUUACCUCCUCAAAUUUUGCCCUAAAAGGAAACAAUCUGAGGGUCUUCACAUUCGACGAGCUCAAGUCAGCAACUAGCGAUUUUGACAUGUCUUCCAAGAUUGGAGAGGGUGAAUUUUGGAGCGUCCAUAAGGGCACAGUUAAGAGUCUGGAAUGUCCGUUUGAUGAGAUUCAGGUGGCUGUAAAGCUCGCCAAUGGACGAUUGCCGGGACAUAUAAAACGGCUAAGGGAGGCGAGUCUCCUUGGUGUGAUUGAUCAUCCAAACCUUGUAAAACUAGUUGGUUACUGUGUAGAAGACGAUGAAACGGAAAUAAACCCGAUUCUAGUCUAUGAGUAUAUGCGUAAUGGAAGUGUGGAGGAUUGCUUAUCAUCUGCAACGUCCACAACACAUCUCUCGUGGACAAUGAGACUGAAAGUAGCUCAAGAUGUUGCUCGUGGCUUAGCCCAUCUGCAUGAAGGAGCGGAGUAUCAGGUAAUUUUCAGAGAUUUCAAAUCGUCCAAUAUCCUUCUAGAUGAUCAAUGGAACGCUAAGCUUUCGUUCAGAUGGCUUAGUUUACAUCCUCACCCCCUCAACUAUAUUUCAACCUCUUCGGUAACAACAGGAUAUUCGGCUCCAGAGUACAAUCAAACAUUCAUUGAAACAGGACAUCUGACAGCCGCAUGCAAUGUAUGGAGCUAUGGGUGCUUCCUGUGUGAACUUAUAUCGGGUAGGCUCCCAUUGGACAGAAACCCUACUAAGAAUGACCUACAGAUUAUAAAAAGGGUGAAGUCCUACCUACAAUCAAAAAGGGUACCUGUUGAUCCAAGACUUGAAGAUGAUUAUUCGAUUAAGUCAGCGCAAAAGUUGUGGAUUAUAGCCAACAGAUGCUUGUCUAAAAACCCAAAGUCUAGGCCAAAGAUGAGUCAUGUCCUGAAAAUGGUUGACAAACUCAUUGGGGUUCCAUCACAAGGGGUGUAG